AUGGCCCUCUUUUCGAUUGCCAUCCUGGGUUCCAUCGGUGCGGUCCUCUCGAAAGUUCUCGCUCCACGCCCCGCGGAGGGUCCUAUCUCGGCUGACUUUACCGUCAAUGCCACCGUCAACGAGUCGGGCGUUUUCUUCCCCAGUGGAAGGUACAAUGAAUCAAACAUCACGCUCCCGAUUGAGAAUUAA